AUGAACCCCACUAUCCCCAGCCCCUCAUCCCCAUACACCCUCCGCACACACCGACCAGGGGACAUAGGCUGGAUAAUCCACCGCCACGCCACACUAUACGAAGCCGAACAAGGCUGGGGUACAAAAAUGGAAUCCCUCGUCUCCAAAGUCGGACACGAAUUUCUCGACAACUACGACGCAUCCUGUGAGCGGUGCUGGAUCGCCGAGCGCAACGACGAGUUCCUGGGCUGUAUAGUUCUGAUGCGAGACCGGGAUGCAGCCCAGACAGCCAAGCUGCGGCUGUUACUGGUUGAGCCGAGUGCACGGGGCCUCGGGCUGGGGAAGGCUUUGAUUGAGCAGUGUACGCGGUUUGCGAGGGAGACGGGAUAUGUGCGGAUUCGGCUUUGGACGCAGAGUGUGCUUGUUUCGGCGCGGAGGUUGUAUGCUAAGGAGGGGUAUCGGCUUAUUGGUUCGGAGACGCAUGGGGCUUUUGGGGCGGACCUUGUUGGGGAGUGUUGGGAGUUGGUUUUGUAG